AGCUGAAGCCACUGCAGCAGCAUCAGUCUGGGUUCUUCACCGAAGCCCUACAGACACAUUCACACAGAGCCAGACAGAGCAGCCUGUCCUCACAGCACAGCACAGCCAUGAGUACCCUCGGCUUUGACCCUUACUACUCCUCCUCCUCCUACCGCCGCUGGUAUGCGGAGGGAGCCCCCCGAGGGGUGGUGACCAGAGGGAGGUCACGCUCGGCCUACUCCUCCCACACCUCUCCCCUGUCCUCCGUGAGCUCCCGUUUGCAGUACUCCUCUCCUGGACGGGCUCUGCAUUCAUCCCAGGCUUCCUCCUCCUCUGUGGAACUGGAGCUGAGCCAGGCGGCCCAGGUAAGUUCUGAGUUCCGCACGGUGAGGACCCAGGAGAGGGCCCAGAUGCAGGAGCUCAAUGACCGCUUCGCCGGCUUCAUCGACCGCGUUCGGGAGUUAGAGCAGCAGAACCGUGCGCUGGAAGCUGAGCUGAUGCUGCUGAGGCAGAGGCAUGGGGAGCCCUCCCGUCUGAGGGCCCUGUAUGAGCAGGAGGCGCGGGCUCUGAGGGCCGCCGUGGAGGAGGCGCGUGGGGAGCAGCAGGCCGCCUUGGGCCAGAGGGAACGUCUGGAGCAAGCCCUGAAUGCCCUGCAGGCCCGCUAUGAGGAGGAGGUGGUGGCCCGCGAGGAUGCGGAGGGCAGGCUGCUGGAUGCGCGGCGUGGUGCCGACCAGGCCACCCUGGCCAGGACCGAGCUGGAGAAGAGGGUGGAGACCCUGCUGGACGAGCUGGCCUUCCUCAAGAGGCUCCACGAGGGGGAGGUGGUGGAGCUCCAGGCCCAGGCACAGCUGGGAGCCCAGGUGGCUGUGGAGAUGGAGGCAACCACACCGGACCUGUCCGGGGCUCUGAGGGACAUCCGGGCCCAGUACGAGAGGCUGGCGGCCAAGAACAUGCAGUCUGCUGAGGAGUGGUUCCGUGGGAAGGUGGGCUCCCUGACGGAGAGCGUGGCCCAGCACAGCGAUGCAGUGAGGAGCUCCAGGGACGAGGCUGGGGAGUUCCGCCGGCAGCUGCAGGCCCGCCUGCUGGAGAUCGAUGCCUGCAGGGGUCUCAAUGAGUCUCUGGACAAACAGUUGCACGACAUGGAGGACAAGCAGAGUGCUGAGAUCAACAGCAUGCAGGUCAGUGGUGGUACUGCAGGACAAAUUUAAAUACUGCAAAUCUGUAUUCAUGAAAAUACCUCAGAAUGAAUGCAAUCUAAGAGUGAAUUUAUUUAUUAAUUGCAUGUUUAGAAACUGUUUAUUAAUAGAUAGAUGACUUUAUCAGAAUUCAAGAAUUCAAUAACGUUUUAAAUAAUUUGUGCAAAGUAGAACUGAUUUAGUAAUGUUCUAAUGCAUCAAUUUAAAUGGUCACACUCAACCAUUUUAGGCAAUUUACCUGAACUUGUAAGCUGCUGUAAGAACACACACAUUUUCCACCACAUUACCUCUAAACGUCUCCUGUAGGACACUAUUGGCCAGCUGGAGAAUGAGCUGGGAGCCACCAAGCAGGAGAUGGCUCGCUACCUGAAGGAUUACCAGGACCUGCUGAAUGUUAAGAUGGCCCUGGACAUCGAGAUCGCUGCCUACAGGUAGGAUGCUAUGAGGAGCACUGGCCAGAGCUUAAACUUAAAUAAAUAUAACUUAAUAAUACUAAUGCAAGUCCAGGUCAAUGAAAACCUUUUGUCCUUUUACUCUAAAAGUAUAUAUGUCCCAUGAUCCUUUACUUCUCCAGGAAGCUGCUGGAGGGGGAGGAGUCUCGUUUCAGUGUGGGUGUGUCCGGGGGUAUGUCCAGUAUGUCCAGUGUCUACGGCCACACCCUGUCGGCCACACCCUCCUUUGGCCGCUCUAUGUUCUCCAUGCAGUCCAGCCUAAGCUCUGGCGCCCCCUACCUGAUGACCUCACGCUUCCUCAGCUCCUCAUUCGCCUCUGGUGAUGACAUCAUCUCUGCCAGCCUGGCCCAGCGGGACUCUGCCAGCCUACCACAGGAUGAGAAAGAGGAGAAGGAGGAGAAGGAGGAGGAAGAGGAGGAGAAGGAGGAGGAGGAAGCAGAAGAGAAGGAAGAGGGUGGAGAGGAGAAGGAGGAAGAGGAAGAGGGUGGAGAGGAGAAGGAUGAAGAGGAAGAGGGUGGAGAGGAGAAGGAGGAAAAGGGAGAAGAGAAGGAUGAAGAUGGAGGCGAGGUGGAGAAGGAAGAUGGGGAGGAUGCUAAGGACGGAGAAGAAGGUUAGCAUUAGUAUUAUCCCUCAAAGAAUAUUCUCUCUUGUUGUCGUGCAUUGCUUAGAUGUUAACAUUUUUACAAUACAGUCUAUCAACACAAUUAUUCCCCUAUUCAUAAUUAUUAAAUGUUUUGGUUAUAGGUGGGGAUGAGGUGGAAGAGAAGGAAGAAACUGGAAAGGAGGAUGGAGAGAAGAAGGAAGAUAAGGACGAGGGUGGGGAGCAGGAAGGAAAGGAAGAGGAGGGGGGAGAGAAAGAGGGAGGAGAUGAUAAAGAAGGGGGUGAUAAAAAGGGAGCGGAUCAAGCUGAGGAGAAAAAAGAUGACGAAGCAGAUACCAAAGAAGAGAAAGGUGAACCAGAGAUAUCCAAGUCCUGUAGUAAAGAGUGA